GUUCCGGCUGAGAUAGAUGCUGUGAUUGGUUCAUCCAGACAACCCUCCAUGACUGACAGAGAAAACUUACCCUAUACUAAUGCAGUCAUCCAUGAGAUUCAGAGAUAUGGCAACAUUGUCCCACUGAAUGUGAGCCACAUGGCAAGCAGGGACACCACACUGGAUAAGUACACAAUCCCAAAGGGUACAGUGAUAAUGGCGUCGCUGCACUCGGUCCUCAAUGAUGAGUCCAUGUGGGAAACUCCACACUCCUUCAACCCUCAGCACUUUCUGGACCAGGACGGUGAAUUUAGGAAGAGAGAAGCCUUCCUUCCCUUUUCUGCAGGUAAGCGGGUGUGUCUCGGGGAACAGCUGGCCAGGAUGGAGUUAUUCCUCUUUUUCACCUCCCUCCUUCAGAGAUUUUCAUUCUCUGCGCCUGCUGGAGAGAAACCCAGUCUGGAGUACACCAUGGGAGGCAUUCGCUCUCCAAGACCUUACCGCCUCUGUGCCACACCACGAUAAACUACUGAAGACAAUAAAUCACUGUGUUCCACUAUGUCUGUCUCAUAAUUCAUCAAUAAUAUCUGCAAUAAACUAUUGUGCAUUGCUACAGUAGUCUACUAGUCAUGAAAUAAUGUUUACAUAUACUUAGAAACACCUGUAUAUCAAGGCAGUAUUGAAUGUCCAGUCACUCCGAGAACGCUAAAGUUUUAAUGAUGGCAUUAUUCAAACACAUCUCUGAAAAAACAAUCAUACAUUUUAGUUUUUCAUAGAUGUAUUAUAGGUCUCCUGGAAACAUGAAAAAAAUCUGCUGGCUCAAAAAUAUUCAUGCAGCAAUGCAUAGAUGUCUCUUGGCCAUUGCACUUCAACUAAACGCUUUUGGUAGCCGUCCACAACCUUUGGGAAAGCUUCUGGUUGUAUCUUUGACCACUCCUCUUGACAAAACUUGUGCGAUUCAACUAGAUUUAUUAGCUUUUGACACUUGUUUCUCCAUCGUAGUCCACAGAUUCUUGAUGGGAUUUAAGCCAGGACUUAAACCUUAAUUCUAACCUGAUUUAGCCAUUUCUUUGCUACCUUUGAUGUGUGUUUGGAGUCAUUGUCUUGUUGGAGACCAUUUUAGGUGUUCUUGAGGAAUGUGGAGAAAUCUUCCUUAUUCUUCAUUCUGUUUACUUCUUUACACUACUUCUACUGCUGGUAAAACAGCCGCCGAGCAUAAUACUGCUACCACCAUGCUUGGUGUUUCAGGGGUUAAGAUGCUCAGCCUCUCUUCAAAUCAUACUUCUGGUCAUUGUGGUCAAAUUGCUCCACUUUUGUUUCAUCUGAUCACAAAACUUUCCUCCUGAAGGCCUUUUCUUUGACAGUGUGACACAACAGUCUACGCCACCAAAAGUGAUAAUUCAAGUUGUUGUGUGUUUUUGAUCCAACACAUUUUGUCAUAUUUCCAGAAGACCUAUAGUCUAUCCAUGAAAGCACCAAAAUGCAUUUUUCAUGACAAAGAUGCAUGUCUUCCAUUGACUUCAUCACAGAAAAUUAGGAGUUCAAGCAGUGAUUGGA